ACUCGCUUACUCCAACCAAUAGGAGAGAGAGGAAAUUUAAGAGCGAGAGAGAGAGAAAGAAAAGAGAGAAAACUCAGUUGUUUUGUUUUUUUCUUUUGGGUGUUUUUCUUCCCCUAGCAUUUCAACCUACAGAGAAUAGUCCGUACAGCUGAAAAUUAGGGUUUUAAAGCGGUUCAGGAACGGAUUGAAAUUUCUAUCAUAUCAAAUCGGUGUUCUCAAAUCUAAGGUUAGGGUUUGGGAUAGUUGUUGGUGUUCUAUUUGAUUAAUUUAUCCUUCCAUGAGAGUUUCUCGUUUCUCAGACGAGGCUUCUGCUGUGUGAAAAUUUUCUGCUCCCCAAAAGGCUUUGAAAUCGAUUGCUUCCGUGCGUUUAAAUAGAAACAAAAUUCUUAAGCAGUAAUUUGUGAUUGUAUUUAUUUUAUGAGAUAGAAUAGGGUUUCAUAUUUAAUGGAUGAGAUCUGGGAGAGAGCCGUUGAGACAGCGCUAGACGGACAAACCGACUACGCCUCGGCUCGAACCCUAACCCUGGACGGAGCCGUUAAGUGCUUCCAAGGUCGCCUACCCCCACCUAGCCUUCUAGAGAAGUUCCAGAAUCUUCAGCACCUGUCUAUUGCUAAUACUGGCGUUUCGUCGCUUGAGCAGUUUCCUCGUCUCCGAAACCUCGAGAAACUCAUUCUCUCUGACAAUCGGAUCGCUGGUGGCCUUGAAUUUCUCGUUGACGCAGGCCUCGAUUCACUGCGAGACCUCGACCUCUCCAAUAAUCGGAUUCAAUACAUCGAAGAUCUUGCCCCUCUCGCUCAGCUUAAGCUCGUCUCACUCGAUCUCUAUGAAUGCCCGGUUACUCGUGUCAAGGACUAUCGAUCUAGGGUUUUCGGGUUGAUCAAAUCGCUCAAGUAUUUGGAUAAGAUGGAUGCGGAGGAGAACGAGCGUCCCGAGUCCGACGACGAAGAGGACGAGGAAGAUGAUGAUGAUGAGGAUGACCCUGGGAGCGGAGAAAUCGAUGGUGAGGAUCGACCAUACAGAACGAAUAAUGGUCACAGUGAAGGGGCUGAGGGAGUUGUUGAUGCUGAUGAGGACGAAGAAAGCGAUGCUGAUGAGGAGGAGACGGAGACAGCUCGGAGGUUGAAUGGACAAAGUCACCAAGCAAAUGGGUUUCGCGUUGCCCCAGUGGAGGGAGCAAGAGAUGGAGAUGAGGACGAAGAGGAUGGGGAUGAAGACAAUGAAUCCGGAGAGGAAAUCGAUGAAGAGGACGUUGAGGAUGAUGAUGUGGUGGAGGUUCAUGAGAUUGAUGACAGCGAUGAUGAGGAAGAUGCGGUUGAGUAUGAUGAAGAUGAUGAUGAUGAAGACGAUGAUGAGGAUGAAGAGGUUGACAAUGAUGAGGGGGAUUUUGCCGAACCUGAGAGCACAGGGAGGUUGACAAGCACUGAAGGGGAAAUUGAUGGGCAUGAACAAGGAGAGGAUGAUGGGGAUGAAGAUGAUAAUGGGGAGACAGGAGAGGAAGAGCAGGGCGUUGAAGAAGAUGGGGAGUUUGAAGAGGAAGAAGAGGGUGAAGAGGAGGAGGAAGACUAUGGUGCAGGCUACUUAGUUCAACCUGUGCGACAGCCUGAUGUAGACGAUGCUGGAGGUAGUGACAUGGACCCAGGGAACGAAGAAGGUGAUGGUGAAGAAGAGGAAGAAGUCGAAGAUGACGAUGAAGUUCAGGUGCUGCCUCCAUCAUCUUCACAGCUGAAGAGGAAGAGAGAUGAACAUGUGGAGGAUGAUGAUGACAGCGAGGAUGAAGAGGAUGAUGAUGAUGUUGUUGAUCACAGCAAGUCUUCGAAGAAGGAUCGUUGACGCUUGUCCAUGGCCUUCUCAAUUUAUGCUCUUUUUUUUUUUUUUUUUUUUUUUUUUUUUUUCAUUUUCAUGUCUUUACAGUAAGGAGACAGGGAACCUCACUUAGAUAGGUUGGUUGGUAGUCUGUUAGUGAUUUUGGCUAUCUUCUCGGACAAAUAUAUGGUAGGGAAAAACUAUGGUUUCCAUGGGGUGGCAUAUGUUUUUUAGUUCAAAAAGUCGUUAGUCCUUUGUCCCCGCUUGGAUCUCUUAUAUAGCCGUUACUCCUUGUUAUUCAAAUGGCAGUUAAAAGAGGGGUCGUUCGCGAGCACAUGUUCUGAUUUUGGGGAGUCGGUUUUUUAAAAGGGGACUUCUUGGAGGGAAAAAAAUGAAGAGGGAAAACUCACAAAUGACCUUGUUUUUUCUUCUGUAGUUCAAGCAGUAUUUUUUUCCCCAAAAAAAAAAAAAAAAAAAAAAUUGGAAAGGGGUAUUGUAAAAACGCUUGUAGAUAGUUUUAUGAUUUUUAUCUUUUUUAUGUUCAAGCCAAUCAAAGUGGGCUGUUUUUGUGUCGAA